AUGGCACCGCCCCGCAAGACCGUGGGUUUUGUCGCCGUGCCUGGCGAGGACGAGGACGGCGCCGGCCAGUCCGCCUUCUCAUCGCCUUUCCAGACCACAGGGGCACAGGAAUCUGGUGAACCCGUAAAAAAGGCCGGGGGCGUGCUACGCGACAAGCAUGGCAACCUGCGCACCUGGACCGACCAGCGGGCCCGCACCACGGUGGUGGUCAACCUGGCGGGCAUCCUGGAGCGCUGCAAUGAGCAGACCCUGCCGGCCCUUUACCGCUACGUGGGCAAGUCCUUCAAGGCCUCCCCCCGCCAGCUGGGCUACAUAACGCUGGCCUGCGCGCUGAUGCAGGCAGUUUGCGCGCCGCUGGGCGGCGUGCUGGGCCACCUGUACAACCGCGUCUACGUCAUGAGCGCCGGCGCCUUCAUCUGGGGCGUCAUGUCCAUCGCCUUUGCCUUCACCACCAAUGUCAAGCAGGGCAUCGCGGUGUGGGCCUGGAACGGCUUGGGCCUGGGCCUACUCAUCCCCAACGCCCAGUCGCUGAUCGCCGACUACUUCAGCGAGCUGUCGCGCGGCAAGGCCUUUGGCGCGCUCUACCUCACCGGCGCGCUGGGCGGCACGCUGGGCACGCUGUUCGCCACCAACAUGGGCCACACCCGGCCCUUUGGCCUGGACGGCUGGCAGGUGACCUUCAUCGCCGUGGGCACGGUCAGCCUGGCCAUCGGCGUGCUCAACCUCUUCGCCUCCGUGGACCCGCGCUUCGAGGCGGAGGAGCCCGAGUACGCGCAGGCGCCGGACCUGCUGGCGCAGGACGGCAGCGCCGCGCGCGCCUUUGCCGACGUCGCCGCCGUGCUGUCCGUCCCCUCCUUUGUCAUCGUGGUGGUGCAGGGCAUCGUGGGGUCGGCGCCCUGGAAUGCCCUGGUCUUCACCACCCUCUACCUCCAGCUCAUGGGCAUGACCGACUUCCAGGCCUCCCUCAUCGCCGCCCUCUUCCUGGGCGGCACCGCACUGGGCGGGCAGGUGGGCGGCUGGUUCGGCGACCUGGCCGCCGCACGCUCGCCCAGGCACGGCCGCAUCCUGAUCGCCCAGUUCUCUGUCGGCAUCGGCGUGCCCCUCGCCUUUGCCAUCUUCAAGCUGCUGCCCAUGGGCAACUCCAACCUGCUGGUCUGGAUCUACAGCAUCUGCUUCUUCUCCUGGGGCCUCAUGAUCUCCUGGGUGGCGCCCGCCUGCAACAGCCCCAUCUUUGCCGAAGUGGUCCCCUCCCAGCUGCGCGCCAUCGUCUACUCCUUUGACCGCGCCUUUGAGGGCGCCAUCGCUGCGACGGGGGCGCCCAUCGUGGGCUGGCUGGCGGAGCACCUGGGGUUCAGCACCGACCCCAGCAAGCCCGGCACCGACCGGGAGCGGGCGGUUGCGCUGGGCAACGCCAUCGUCAUCUGCACCUGCAUCCCCUGGGCGCUCUGCUGCUUCCUGUUCACGGGCUUGCACGUGACCUACCCGCGCGACAAGGCGCGGGCCUCGGUGCAGCAGCGCACGCGCAGUGGCGCGCUCAGCCUGCGCAGCGCGGACCUGGAGGCGGCGCUGCUGGAGGAGGAGGAGGAAAGGGAGGCGGCGGAGGAGGUGGGCCGCAUGCACGCGGCGUCGCGCUCCCGGUCGGGCCUCAUGCUGGCCUGA